CAGCAACCAGAGGAGCACAACUUCUUCUACCUGCUUCGAUUUCUUGAAAAGAGAAAAAUGGAGUCCUGCCGAAGAUCACUUGUCGAUUGUCGAGCUGAGGGCCACUUCAUUAGAACUCGAGAAAGACCAACAGUCGUUAUGGCGUGCGCCCAUGUGUCAACACCGGAUUCGGCAGCUUGGAGUCCACGUCAUGAAAGCGCUGAGUUUUCCUCCAGUGGUAGUGAGGAGGAGGAGGAUGAAUCCAUUGAGCUCACGAUGAGAAAGACACGGCAGCGAUUGCUACGCAGCCAGCAGACCAGCAGCCUAGCUCCAUUCAAACCCAACUCCUCAUCUUUGGUCCUAGGAGGAACACGUAAGAAGAUGCGGGAGUUUCUCGGUGUGCUGUUAGACUUGGACGAAGUGGAGGGCCUGAGCUGGCUCGACAAGGCGACCAAAACUUUCAGGAUGCCAUGGAGGCACGCUACGAAGAAGGGCAAUGGCUAUUCGGCGGAGCGCGACACGAAACUGACCAUGCUUUGGGCGCUGAACACUCAGAAGUACAAUCCAGACACGCAGCCCGCAGAGCCCAGCCGCUGGAAGACCAACUUUCGCUGCGCCCUCAACAGUCUCAAGCACAGCAUCGUGGAGGUGGAGAACCACGAACAUACGCGUGGAUACAAGAUCUAUAGGUUUGUGGAUUCUCGCCGGGGCCGUGGUCGUGGAUGCCAGCUCGGAGGUACGCGUGGCUCACCUCCCGGUGGCGUUGUGGGCCACAGUGGCACCAUCCCAGGUGACGUCACACUCGUAGAAGAUAGCGCCGACAGAACUAUGGCUACAACGCCACUAUCGCCAAGCCAGCACAAACACCAUCGCCAGAUCCAGAGCCACGCAGCAGCGCAAAGGUCGCACGCGAAUGCCGCCGCUAUACCUAGCCACCGGUCCAGUAUCGCGGAGUCAACAUCUGCACUAACACCAACAACAGCGGCAACCACGCCUCGCUCCACCAUCAAGGACAUGCUGCCGGGCGAGUCCCGGUCCUUGUCUACCGCUAGCAUCUUCACGAUGGCCAGCGACCUCUCAGCUACAAUGCCCACACCAGACACUUCGGACUCCUUUCCGCAGCUACUGGACGACUUUAACGACGGCGACUUCGCCUGGGGUGAACACGGCUCUGGAAUUCUAACACCGCAGGAUUCAGCCCUGCAGCUCAACAGCGACUUCCUGUCCGACAUGAGUCCACCGAGCUUCGACGGCACGUCCACGACGACUGCGGACACCCUGACAGCACCUGCUGGCAUGGACCCGAUGCUGAGCCUCCCGUCGAUGAUGUCAUCAUACACUGCACCACUGACAACCUCUGGCCAGACAACUGCUACUGAUGACUACCACACAUUCAACGACACUUUCCAGUCACAGCAUGCAUUUCAGCGGAAUCCAGUCGCCACACCAGCGCCUGGCGUUACCUCAACCCAACAGCAGCAGCAGAGAAAACAUAACACGGACAAAGACCUGUACGUUAGCAUCAACUAUCGUCAGAAUACGGUGGCGGGAUGCGAGGUGGGCGUGCACGGCUGCAGGCUAUUCUCUGGCGCGCUGCCGCAUCUGCACCAGCGCCUGUCUCACGACGAGUACACGCGCCUCUACGGCGGCUGCAAGAUGCAGCAACUGGCGCUUCCGUCGCCCAUGACGUCACAGCGCUGCCUGCAAUCGCUCCAGCUGCUGCUGGGUGAUGGGGGAAAGCCCGGACUAAUGGCACGCGGACUGUGCAUAGAGGUUGAGAACGACAAUAUCUACGCCACUCGCCUGUGCCGGCCGCAGGUGUUCUGGGGCUGUUCACAGAAUUGCAACGGCGCCUCGCUGCCGCGCGGCGAGCGUACCUGCAUCUUCGACUUCAAGCUGUUCAAAAACGUCCUAGAAAGCUAUCGCCAGAAUACUAGACUGUCAGCAUCCAUUGCCUCACAGCCACCACCUCAUCACGUACAGCUUGGCAUAGGUCAGCCGUGGGGUACACAUGUACAGCGUCUGCCCAUGAACAACCUGCUCACCGCCAGCAUCACACACCUCAAAGCAGAGCGUCUUAUCGAGCAGCUACACGCCGACAAGUGGCUGGCCGGGCAGCCGCUGAACACCGACCAUCUCAUCGUCGACGAGCCCAUGCAGGACGAUGACCUAGCACAGUCACUGUUCACUCUGCCAUAGCACUGCCGUCGCCACGCCAGAGCAGACGUGAUCGCCAUCACACGUCUGGUACUGCACGCAUCCGCUCUCAUCAGCCAGAGAUCAAAGACUGGCAGAGAUCUACUGUACGUAGUGGAGAUGUCCAGUCUUUCAGUCCAUGAUGACGAACCUUUUUUCAGAGAGUGCCGCGCACAGACGUUUUGUUCUGUCUCCUCCAUGCAUGAGAUAUUUUGCUAACGUACAGUUGAUAGCGGUAGUGCAAAUAUGGGGAAAGCACACGCUACAUUAAAAUUAAUAAUUAUAAUCAUCUUGUUUUCCUUGCUUAGUAUCCGCAACAAAUAGUCAUGGUAGGUCUUGAUGUCCUACUUCGUUAGUCAAAUGAUUGCGCUGGCUGAACCUUUCAUUUUCACGUAUGUAGAAUUAUCGCCUAAUCGAGUGUAUAGUGAACACUAAACUACGACCCGACUUAUGCUCCAGUACCUUCUAUUUUUGACCAUAAUAAUCUCAAAGCUACAUCCACUCAAAAUAUUCUUGUUUUUUCUCUUAUUGGAAAGGUGAGCAUCCUCAUGUUAUUGAUAACUUUUACUGAUCGAAUUCACUCUUCUUGGAAAACAAAGUUUUGAGUUACUUA